AUGGGAGGUGACAGUGCCGUUGAGGAAUCCGUAGGGGUCAACGUCAACAUCAAUGUUCGCUGUUCUAACGGCUCCAAGUUUUCCGUUCAGACUUCCGUCGAUUCCACCGUUACUUCAUUCAAGGAUCUCGUCGCUCGCAACUGCGACAUCCCCGCCGAACAACAACGCCUCAUUUACAAGGGUCGCAUCUUGAAAGACGAUCAAACCCUCCGAAGCUACGGUUUGGAUGCAGAUCACACUGUCCAUUUGGUUCGUGGUUUUGCACCUGUUAAUCCAACUGGUGGUACCGAUACUAGUAGCACCAAUACCAAUACCACAACAAAUAAUGCCAGAGGUGCUGGUGUGAAUGAAGGUGGGGGUUUAGGAGGGCUUGGCUUUGGAGCUUCACUGUUCCCUGGACUAAGUAUCAAUGGGACUAGGGUAAAUGGUUUAUUUGGCGAGGGAUUUCCUGAUCUAGAACAGAUGCAGCAACCAUUUCUUUCAAAUCCCAAUUUAGUGAGAGAAGUAAUGAAUUCACCUGCCAUGCAGAAUCUAAUAAAUAAUCCUGAGAUAGUGCGGAAUCUUAUAAUGAAUAAUCCACAGAUGCAAGAGCUCAUGGAUCGAAACCCUGAGUUAGCACACAUACUUAAUGAUCCCAGUACACUCCGUCAGACCCUUGAAGCUACAAGGAACCCUGAGAUCAUGCGGGAAAUGAUGAGAAAUACAGACAGAGCAAUGAGCAAUAUUGAAUCUUCUCCUGAGGGAUUCAACAUGCUAAGGCGCAUGUAUGAAAAUAUUCAAGAACCAUUUUUAAAUGCCACUACAAUGGCUGGUAAUACAGGAAAUAAUAAUGCAGCAAUUUCAGGGACUCAUGGUGGACAUGCUAGGGACCAAUCAACUAAUCCCCCAACAACUAGUUCUGAAGCAACUUCUGGUUCUCCCUUACCUAAUACUAACCCACUUCCAAAUCCUUGGUCUUCUACUGCUGGAGGUGCUCAAAAUAACACCAGAAGGUCAUCCACCACUGGUGUGGAUACCAGGCAGCAAGGACCUACUGGCUUAGGAGGGCUUGGUCUGCCAGACCUUGAAAACAUGUUGGGUGGAAGUGCUAUGCCAGAUGCUUCUUUAUUGAACCAGUUAAUGCAAAAUCCAGCUAUCUCACAAAUGAUGCAGAGUAUGCUUUCCAAUCCACAGACAUUAAAUCAGAUUCUUGGUGCUAAUACUGAGCAGCGGGGCAUGCCUGAUUUAAAUUCUCUUAGAGAAGUAAUGCAAAAUCCAGAGUUCCUUCGCCUAUUUUCUUCACCUGAGACAUUGCAGCAGCUAUUGUCUUUCCAGCAAGCUCUUCUGUCUCAGCUUGGUCAGCAACAAUCGACACGGGAAUCUGGUCAAACCGGCAGAGGCACUGGACCUACGAACAACUUGGGAUUGGAGAUGUUAUCAAGCAUGUUUGGUGGACUUGGAGCUGGUAGCCUAGCUGUUCCAAAUAGAUCAAAUGAGCCACCGGAACAAUUGUAUGCCGCCCAACUUUCACAGCUUCAAGAGAUGGGAUUCUUUGACACACAAGAGAACAUAAGAGCUCUUAUUGCUACUUCAGGUAAUGUUCAUGCAGCAGUUGAACGACUAUUGGGGAACUCUGUUUUCAAGGGCCUUGUGGUGCGAAUUCCAAUAAUGAUGGAGAAAGCAGAUUCUGUACAGAAGCUAUAUACUCGAAUGCGCCUUUGGGAAUUUCCAAAUCAGUAUGUGAUUGAACCAACAGAUGGAUCUUCCGGUUCUUAUUUGGCAGUUAGUCGAAGAGAUGGCUCCAUAAAGCUCAUUGAUGAGAUUCCUGAAUGCAGCACCGUUCGAGUUCCUAAGCUUUUUACAAUUUAUGGUGUGGCUGGAAUGUUAAGGCUUUUGGCUGGAUCUUAUUUGCUGGUUAUAACGGGGCGUGAAUGCGUUGGAUCUUACUUGGGACAUCCAAUUUUCAAAGUUACAUCUCUCAAGGUUUUUCCAUGUUCCCCCAGUUUUAACACCCCUCCUGAACAGAAGAAGUCAGAGAUCGAUUUUACUGCGAUAUUGAAUGUUGCUGAAAAGACUACUGGUCUGUUCUUCUCAUACGAGGCUAAUUUAACUAUCAGUACCCAAAAACUAAAUGACCUUGGUGAUGAUGAGUCUAAGUUGCUUCCCCUCUGGAGACAGGCAGAGCCUCGAUUUCUAUGGAAUAAUUAUCUGUUAGAAGUGCUCAUAGAAAACAAGGUGCACCAUAAGGAAACAUUAUCUGUCCCUGAGGAAUCUCCAUCCUCUUGCUCCAUUGCCAAGUUGAGUGAACUACCAACCUUAGAGAUUGAUACCAAGAAGGAUAACAAUGAAAGACAGGAGGAAGAAACUUGUUACAGUGCAAGUCACGAGACUACACAGGCUUCCAAGGAUUUUGGAGGAACCCGGAUGUGGAGAAGAGGAGCUGAUCCUGAUGGAUAUGUGGCUAAUUUUGUGGAAACAGAGCAAAUUAUGCAGAUCAAUGGGUAUACAGGAUCAAUUGUUCAGGUUCGUGGUUCAAUUCCGGUGCCUUGGCAGCAAAUUGUUGACUUAACAUAUAAACCUAAGUAUGAAAUAUUGAAACGUGACGAAGCUCCCCGAGUCUUGGAGAGGCAUUUCUUAGAUUUAAGAAAAAAGUAUGGGUCUGUGUUAGCUAUUGAUCUAGUUAACGAGCAUGGAGGAGAAGGGCGGCUAUGUGAACAAUUUGGAAAAACAAUGCAACAUGUAUCUGGUAAUGAUGUCAGAUAUCUGCAUUUCGAUUUCCAUCACAUUUGCGGGCACAUUCAUUUCGAUCGUCUCUCAAUCCUCUAUGAUCAAAUAUCUGAUUUUGUUGAGAGAAAUGGAUAUCUUCUAUUGAAUGAAAAGGGAGAGAAAAUGAAGGAGCAACUUGGGGUUGUUAGAACCAAUUGUAUUGAUUGUCUAGACCGCACAAAUGUUACUCAGAGCAUGAUAGGCCGAAAUAUGCUAGAAUUCCAGCUUAGAAGAAUUGGGAUCUUUGGUGCUGAGGAAACCAUUAGUUCACAUCCAAAUCUAGAUGAAAAAUAUAAGAUCUUGUGGGCUGAUCAUGGAGAUGAUAUAAGUACUCAAUAUACAGGAACUCCUGCUCUCAAAGGAGACUUUGUCCGAUUUGGGCAUCGCACGUUUCAGGGCAUAAUAAAUGAUGGUUGGAAUGCUCUUAUGCGCUAUUAUUUGAAUAACUUUUGUGAUGGAACAAAGCAGGAUGCUAUUGAUCUCUUGCAAGGACAUUUCAUAGUUUCUGGCAACCGAGAUUCGACUCCUCAGAAUCAAGGCAUUGAAGCUAUUGCUUCAUUUCCUCUGGCUUUGGGUUUGGUUUUGACUGGGUUCUUUUUCACAUUCAUGUCGUUGACGCAAGAGAUACGGGCAAAAUGGUGGAUCCGUGGUGAUAUUGGUCCCACUUUCCCUUUUGUUCAACAGAUGAAAAUUGAGGAAUCCGUUCAUUCUUGCUUCCUGUUUCCAUCAACUCCUUUCUUUCUGCCCCCUGUUAGAUAUGAUUUUAGGCACUUGUUCUUCUCACUAUUGUGGGCAAGCAUUAGUGUUGGGAUAGCAGCAUUUGUGAAGGCCAAUGGUCGCGUUUUCUGCAACAGACCUCGCCUACACAAGCCGCGGGUUCUAGUAUCCAUCCCUUUAGUUGGGUUUGAAACCACCACCGUUGUCCCGUCCCCGCCGUUACCGGUAGAUAAAGUGCCGCCGCCGAGAACGACGCACGCCCCUCCUAUUCAACUCGUCUCUGCUAUACCACCAGAGCCUGUAACCACCAUUGUUCCCUCAGUUCGAAACCACCGCCUUCAAGUUCUCCAAGCCCUCCCAAGUUCUUUUGCGUUACGCGUUCAAGCAUCCCUAGGUCCACCUUCCGCGUUCUCCAAUUUCAAGGAUUUGUUUGAGUGUUCAACUAGAGCAUAA